AUGGAGGAGAGUUUGAAUCUGGAGGUCUGCAACCUCAAAAAGGGACAUUGUAACCUGAAAGUCACGACUUUUAGUGACCAAGCUGCGGUGGACGCCAGUUCUGUCUGUGGUUCUCCAGUGGUCUCCGGGCGUAUAGUUGGCGGCACAGAUGCUCUGGAUGGAGAAUGGCCGUGGCAGGUCAGCCUGCUUUAUAACAUACAGGGGAAACUCUACCACAUAUGUGGAGGGUCCCUGAUCUCAUCCCAAUGGGUCAUGUCCGCUGCCCAUUGCUUUCAAAAUGAUGUUACCAUUUCACGCUAUUACGUGCUGCUGGGCGCCUACCAACUUCAACUCAAAAAUUUCAAUGAAGCCUUAUACAGUCUGUCAGAUGUUCGAAUUAGUACCCAGUAUAUAAAUUCAAAGGGCAUUCAAGGGGACAUCGCCCUGCUGAAGCUCUCUGUUCCCGUCACCUACACCAAUUACAUCAGGCCCAUCUGUCUGCCGUCAUCCUCCCUCAGCUUUCCUACUGGAAUGGACUGCUGGGUCUCCGGUUGGGGAGAUAUUGGCUAUAAUGGUGACUUGGCGUACCCGCUGACACUUCAGAAGGUGAUGGUCCCACUGAUCGACUACAAGACGUGUGACACAAUGUAUCACAUGAACUCAACGUACAGCAGUUUCCUUACCUUAGUCUAUAACACCAUGAGAUGUGCUGGAUAUGCGGCUGGAGGGAAGGGCUCCUGUCAGGGAGACUCCGGAGGUCCUCUUAUGUGUAAGGUCAAUGGAGUCUGGUACCAGGUUGGCAUUGUAAGCUGGGGAGAAGGAUGCGCCAAAUCCAACCGUCCUGGGGUGUACACCCUGGUAUCCGCUUAUCAGUCCCUGAUCCAGUCACUCAUACCAGGGCUGAUACCAACUACGACCACAACGACAUCAAAAAGCAGUGGUUACAUGAACAUGUCGCGUUAUGUGCUGACGCUUCUCCCAAUGGCGGCCUCAGUCAGCCCACUGUUUGCUCAGCUUGCUAGGUAUUACAACGUGAAAGCUUUUAUGGGCUCAUUCUGCAGUCAGACUGCUGGGAUUUGUAGUGCUCCAACUGGACAUAGUAAUGCAGUUGUUUAUGUCCUAGUUGGAUCUAAGGUCGACUCAACAGACCCAAAUAACUCUAACAGGAUCUAUGGGGGCACUGACGCCCAGGAAGGGGAGUGGCCAUGGCAAGUCAGCUUGCAAGCCGAUGGCUCCCAUUUUUGUGGGGGGUCGCUCAUCUCCAGUCAGUGGGUGUUGUCCGCUGCUCACUGUUUUGAAGGGAAUUUAGACCCCGCCUCCUACAAAGUCAAACUGGGCUUGUACAAUCUGAAUAGUCCGACCUCGUAUGAGAUCACCGCCAAUGUGGAGCAGAUUAUUCCUCAUCCCGAUUUUGUGAAGAUUAGAGACAAAGGGGACAUGGCGCUCAUAAAGUUGUCCAGCCCUGUAAGCCUCAACCAAUACAUCCAAACAAUCCGCCUACCGGACGAGUCCUCCAUCUUCUCCUGCGGCUACUACUGCUGGGUCACCGGUUGGGGGGCCACCGAGAAUGCCUCAUCUCCUUCUAAUGGCAUCCUCCAGAAGGUGUCCGUCCCCCUCAUUAACUAUAAGACAUGUGACCAGCUGUACCACGUGGAUUCACCCUACAAUGCCAGCACCGUCGUGAUCCAUGACUACGAAAUUUGUGCUGGGUUCGUUGAUGGAAAAAAGGAUUCUUGCCAAGGCGACUCUGGAGGACCUCUAGUAUGUAAUAUACAAAACGUCUGGUACCAGGCCGGCGUUGUGAGCUGGGGAGAAGACUGUGGCGUCCCCUUCCGUCCUGGAGUCUAUUCUCGUGUAGCGAUCUACCAGAACUGGAUUAAGCAGUAUGUGCCGGAUGUGGUGUUCUCAACUGUGCCGACCGUCCCUUCAACAAGAGCGGGCUGCUUCAACUACGUCUCCGACCCAGCAUCUUCUCCGCUCUGGGUUGGACAAGGAACCUUGGUCGUACUGACUUUUUCUGUGAUGUUCUGCACCUUGUGGUCCUCUUGGGCUUUAUAGGGUCAUGUGCUCCACAAGGUGUUGAUAUAACCAUCGCCAGUCACCUGAUAUGUAACCGAGUCACGAGAACAUGAAAGGAAUGAUGGCGGACCACCGUGAUUUAUGACCCUCCAUGAUUUAUUCAUCAUCGUGAUUUAUGACCCUCCAUGAUUUAUUCAUCUCCGUGAUUUACACCUUGUCAACAGCACAGUGAGCAACAAAGAGAAAAUAAUGGGGAAUAAUCUGCUAAAAGCUAACAAAGGGUUAAAUGAGCACCUGCCGAGUUAUAGCAAACAUUGUGCUUUAUUACCUUUUAUUACAUUUCUGCUAUGUGUAUUCUGCCUUUAUAUGUGAUCUUCUUAUAUAUUGUGUAAGUCUACA